UAUAAUCUCGAGGCAUUAUUCCGCGUGUUUUUCCCGAUAGGCGCAGGUGUCUUCUGUCGGCCGAUCGCGAGUCACGGUUCGUCCCGCGAGCGCGCACCGCCGUCCGCUCCUGCUCGCCGCUUAGAGAUCGGAAUGAAGGAUUGCAGGGAGAUCGCCGUGCUGAGGUAGGCCAGCCCGCCGUCGACGGUCUCCCGAUUCGGCCGAACGUCUCCUACGUCUGCCCCUCCUCAGGUACGCGGGGCUCUGGGAGGUGCCGCCGAACACCCCGAGGUGCUACGAAAGGUUGUACUCUCUUUACAAGAGAGUCAUCUUCGCCGCGCAGUUGGUCGUCGUCGUGCUCGCCGUAGCGGAGUGUUACGACUCGAGAGACGACAUGAUAACCUGUACCGACAACGUCUGCAUUCUUAUGGGCUUGUCGAUGGUUUGCCUGAAGACGGUGAACGCUCACCUGUACCGUGGAAAGAUCGGCCGACUCGUCGAGGAGGCCAACGGCUGCGUCGCCGCGAUCAGGGAGAGGGCGGAUCGCCGAGAGCUGCGACUCAUGAGACGCUACUUCCUCCAAACGGACGCCAUCUUCUACUUCACCUUGAUCAUCGCCGUCGCUCUGGUCGUCGGCUUCGUCAUUCUGGUGCCCGUCGAGCUGAAAUACCCGUUCGACGUGAGCGACCCUUGGAACCGAUCCCUGGUCUUGGGAUUCCAGGCCUUCGUCGUCACCGUCGACGUCCUGGCGACCGACAUGUUGGACAACCUCUUCUCGAGGAUCUACGCCUCGAUCGUCCUCAGACUGCAGAUUCUGAAUCUGCGCUUCGAGGACUGCGCGGUCGGCGGCGGACUGGCCGCGCGGCUGGAGGCCUGCGUGCGUCGUCACCAGGGAGUCCUCCGGUCGGUCGCCGAGGUCAACGAGGUCUACAGCGGCAUCGGCUGCAUGCAGUUCGUCGUCGUCAGCGUCAUCAACUGCAUCGCGCUCUUUCAGAUGUUUCUGAACGUUGGCCGGAACCCGAAUUUCCUCAAGUUCGGGGCCUACUACGGGGGUUCCCUUUUCUAUAUUUGCUGCUACUGCUGGAUCAGCGACCGGAUAACUCACCAAAGCUCCUUGGUCAUCGACAGCCAGUGGAUGGCCGGCUGGGAAAGGGACCCGAGUCCGACGGUCAAGAGUCUGAUGAUCUUUUCGGCCAUGGUGGCCAACAAGCCUCUGACGAUGAAAAUCUGGCGAUUCGGGGACUUUUCGCUGGCCACGGCCAUCAACACCUUGAGGAUUUCGUACUCCGCCUAUACUCUACUGACUCGGGUGCACGAGAACGACGAACCAUGAAAAGGAUACGUUCCCUCCGCUACGUCGCAUUCGUCGAUUCGAUCCGUCUCCGUCCCCGCGGCGAACGGCGAACGGUUCGCUUACCGUUUGGUCUCUACGUCAAUUUUAUAGCCGGCGUGUGCGUCCCCCGUGUCAAUAUCGCAACGGCGCGGAGACGCGGAACCGUCCGUCCUUUCUCCCUUUUAUUUUCCCUUCCCUUCCGCGGCGGCCCGGCCGUCCUUCUUCGAAGGCUCCGCCGUUCUCGUCUCCUUUACGACGCGGCUCUCGACGUCCCCGCGACGUCCCGGCGACUCCUCGAGCAUGCUUCGAAAUGAAAACGUCCGACUGGCCAUUAAACUCCAGAAUUAAGACGCCUCCGAAGGGACCGGCCGCGGCGAAGGAGCUCGAGGGCGGCCCGAGGUCGGGGAUGUCGUCGUCGUCGUCGGUUCGCGCCUCCGAGAGGGAGUCGCACGCGCGCCACCGAGUCACGUGCCGCUAAUUGUGAUUACACCCCGUGAAGGCGAAGGACGA